ACCUGCAGACGUAAGUGUAGUGAGAACGCCUUGAGGUCUGCAGAGCUCCUCAGGAUCAUUACUAAAACAUUUUUCUGUUCACUUGUCUCAGUCUGAGGCUCCUCCCAGCAGUGAUUAAAUGCCCGCUCCGCGCUUCAGUCUGUGCAGUUGAAAGCAGUCAUGACAGAGGAGCUGUAGAGUUGGACUUCUAUCAUCCUGACAGCAAGUUGACAAAACAACAAUCUGAGCUCUUCUUUUCGGGCACCUUCACCAUCCAAGAAGCCUCAACUAUGAAGACCAUUCUUGCUGCAUACUCAGGCUUCCUCAAAGGUACAGGCUCCAGCAUCCUCUCUGCCCUGCAGGACGUUCCCUCUGGCUUUUGGCCCUGCAGAUCCAAGAUGGAAAAACAUCUUCAGGUCAUCUCCGUGCUACAGUGGGUCAUCACCUUCUUAACAUUGGGUGCAUGUUGCACCGUGCUGUUGAUCUACAUGUUCUGCACUGACUGCUGGCUUAUCGCUGCCAUUUACACCGCCUGGCUCAUCAUUGACUGGAACACCCCGAAACAAGGCGGCAGGAGAUCCUCUUGGGUGAGGAACUGGACAGUAUGGAGAUAUUUCCGAGACUACUUCCCAGUGAGGCUCAUUAAAACCCACAACUUGCUGCCCAGCCGGAACUACAUAUUUGGCUACCAUCCCCACGGCAUCUUCUGUUUCGGUGCUUUCUGCAACUUUGGGACCGAGGCCACGGGCUUCUCCAAGAAAUUCCCAGGCAUCAAGCCCUCCCUGGCCACCCUGGCGGGCAACUUCCGCAUGCCCGUCCUUCGCGACUACCUGAUGUCUGGAGGUAUCUGCCCGGUGAACAAGCACUCUAUUGACUACCUGCUGUCUCGAAACGGGACAGGAAACGCUGUGGUCAUCGUCGUUGGAGGAGCGGCAGAGUCUCUGCACUGUGCACCAGGCAUGAAUUCCGUCACCCUGAAGAACCGUAAAGGCUUCGUGAGAUUGGCCCUAAAGAAAGGGUCUGACUUGGUUCCAGUGUAUUCCUUUGGAGAAAACGAUGCCUACAAACAGGUGAUCUUCGAGGAGGGGACCUGGUGGAGAGCUGUCCAAAGGAGGUUACAGAAAAUCUUAGGCUUCGCCCCGUGCGUUUUCCAUGGAUGCGGCCUCAUCUUUGGCAACUCUUGGGGCAUCGUACCAUAUUGCAAGCCCAUCACCACCAUAGUCGGGGAGCCAAUCACAGUGCCAAAAAUUGAAGAUCCAACUGAGGACAUAGUGGAUCUGUACCAUGCAAUGUAUAUCAAGUCCCUACAGUGCCUUUUUGACAAGUACAAGACCCGCUUUGGCCUGAAAGAGAGUGAUGUCCUGUACAUCCAGUGAACGAACAAAGGGCCCCCCCCCGUGGAAGCUCUGAACAUGGAGAACUGUGGUAGAAUCUUCAGACCCCUCCGCCCCCCCUUCCCCUCCCUGUCAUCGUCCAAUCUUGGUGCCCGGUUUGGAUUAUCUCUGGACUACAAACUCUACACAUGAGCAUGUUUUGCUAAAGAAACCUUUGCUUUCUGCGUUGUCACACACACACACACACACACACACACACACACACACACACAAACACACACACACACACACACACACACACACACACACACACACACACACACACACACAUUCACACACAUACGCACGCACACACGCACACAGCCAUGGUUCCUUCUCAGGAAACGAUAGGCUUGAAGAAAUAGUGGCCUCUCCCUGCUGUUGUCACCAGGUUAAACAGUCUUGGUUGGACCAACAGACAGGUUACACUGCAUUCCACAUCAAAACAUGUGCCUUUUGUGUCUAUUUUCAUUUAUUUUUAAAUGACGGCAUCAAGUUUGGGCUGUCUUAUCAGUGCAGAGGGGGGUGAGCUCCACUAGAUGGAGCUGGAAGGUAACAUCCAGGACGUAAAAAGAAGUGCCAAUAUUUUCUCGAACUCAUGUAAUUCUCCCCAAGCUCUGUAAGAUCCUAUAAUAUGCUAAACGCACAAACAAUGCAAUUAAAAGAUAGUAACUUUAUUAAUGGGAUAAUGAGCCCAAAGGUUAAUUGAGCCAAAGAACUAUGUUGUCCUCACAUGUGUUUCUACUGCAUGUAAGCUGACUCAGUGGAUUCAUAUUGUGCACGGCCAACGCACAGUCCAUGUGUGCCUGUGAUUGUAUAAUGCCAUAAAGUAUUAAUUGUAUUCUGCAGAGAGGAAAAAAAGCCUGUUUUAGUGCUUAUCUCUAAAUGAAUAUUUCUGAAGCACUUUUUUUAUUGCUGAUUACCUUCUGAGGGUUUUUUUUGUCUAAAGAAAAUGCCUUUUGAUAUGAGAAUGAUCCCAAAUCAGCCAUUGUGCUGCUUGGCUUGAUUUUCCUUUCUUGUCCUACUGGUGUCCAGGUCUGGAUGGGUUUGUCUUCUCUAUGCAGUGAAAACUACAGCAGUCACUUGUAUGUUCAAGUGUUCUGGGAAGUUUUCAGCUGCAGUUGAAGAAGAUGGAGUAGUUUUGUGGGUGAAAAUCCUGAUGUUUGAUGAUUCCAGAGUACUGUGUCUCUCUUUGUAUCCAUGCCAAAGGUGAUAAUUGAAAAAGGAAGGAAUUACAGUAGGUAUUGCCUUAUUUGCUGGUAAUAUAUAUAUAUGAGGGUGUCAUUACUUAUUUAAAAUAAGUGUAUGUGGGUGUGGGAUAUAUACUGGGAAUUAUCAAAAUAAGUGAGUUGGUGUCAUGUUGUGAAGGUGGAUGGUGAAGAAUUUCCAGUUUCACCAUGGUGACUUGAUAUAAAGAGCAGUGUAAUCCCUGUGCAAUAAAUUUGCAAGCAAUAAACACAGCGAGACCUGUCUAUAUGAUGAAUGACAUCAUCAUUUGCCUGCCUAUAUUUAAAUUAAACUUUUGUAUGUUUUCAGAAGGAAA